AUGGCCCCAGCUAGCGGCUCUCUCACCUCGACCGGUAGUCUCUUCAGAGCUGACGCAUUAAGUGCAGACAAUUACCUGAGGUCCAACUCUGCCACGCUUUCUCACUCUUCUACACUACACUUGCUCUCAACUAAGAAGUCCUCGACUCUUACAAAUCGAAGCUUCGGUCUACCUUCCGCCAACCUACCAACAGCACGAUUCAUAAGCUACUCCUCGAGCCAAGACGAGGCUCAAGAACAAGUUCGACUGCUUGAUAAGCGAAAAACGACUCGCAAGAAACAGGAAGCGAAGAAGUAUAAGAGCGCGGAGUUUCUGGACUGUGAGAGUGACGGCCCUGACGCAGAUACAAGUGACCAUCAACAACGAUCACGUACAAGAUCUCCUAAGAUAUUAAAACAGACGUCGCAGACCAAGAACAGCACAGCUUUGGCAAUAUCGGGCAAGAUGGUCAGAAUGGAUUCGCUCACUUGGGGAGCAUCGGUCAGUCGACCUUCCUGCGACACAAGAAAACGACCUCUGCCACCUCCUGCACCCCCGACUAAUGCAAAGCGGCCUAAGCUCGGCCCGUUUGUCAUCGAUUCGGGUAGCGAGAGUGAUAGCUACAGUGAUACCGACGAUGGCUUUAGCUUUGAUAGCCAUAUAACCAUGACACCAAGACUUACUGAGAGGAGCACCAGAAGCGGGAUGCAAUUCCCAUAUGACGAAGGCAAUAGCAUCAUACCUCCGAGAGCAAGCCUGAAGCGACAAGAUUCGGAUAGAGCACCCGAAAGCCAGCUGUCGACUCCAAAUACCACCACAACAUCCCAGUCUGGCAAAUCAUUGAACAAGGAUCGGCUGAAGAUGUUGAUGGCUAAGAAGCAAGGCGGUGUUGUAGCGCAGAGCUCGACGCAGGAAGCGCCGCUUUCGAUGGCAAGGACGGGAGGUGAUCUGCGAAGUCGACUGAUGAACGACGCGCACGCAAGCACCCUGUCACAGAAGCAAUCCGCUGUUGCUACGGCGCAAGAUGACGUUUUUGCAUCGACUGGAGUACACCAAAACACUACAUCAUCUGCGCAGAGAGGUACUUCCCAGCAAGAUGUUCGCUCACCCACGUCUAGGGGUACGCCUCCCGGCCCCAAAGGAAGUCGACCAGUACAAACUGCCCAGGACAGAACGCCGAACGCCUCCCCCAGACUCGCGGGACGCCCACUAAACGAAGCCGAUGAGUCCUCCGAUGCGCAUCGCAGUCAUCCACAGAAGCCUAGUUUCUCUUAUGUAACUACCACUCAAGCGCGCACGCAGCAAACACCAGCUUCGCGCACCUUCAACUCAUCUACUUCAUGGAAAGCAAAAACUGCCCGAUCAGAUAAUGUAGCAAACUGUAGCUCCCUGUGCAACAUCCUGGACACGGCAAAAGCAGAGCACCUUGGCGCAGCGAAGGAGCAAGACAACAUUAGUAGUGGGUGGUGGACAGCUCAGGCUGAGCGAGCGUCGACGAAGCCAAUCAAGAAUGUACACAGGCCCGAGGUUGGUGCAAGUUACGGACAUACGUUGAAGAUAAGGAAGACGAAUGGGCUGGAGAAGGAGCCAGCGAGCAUGAGGGGUGCGCCUGCCGCCUCAGGUGCCGAGGACUUCCAGGCAUCUGUCUCAGGAAGUCAGACCCCAGCCCCGACAGUUCCUUCAGCUUCACCAAGAACUCAAGUGCAGGUAAACGCUUCCAGAUCUGAACUGACGUCCAAAGCAUCCAGGCCUGUCGACCAGGCUUCCCCUAACGCGAGGCACAACACGAUCAGUGACGCUGUCAAUCAGAAGACCCUUCCGGCUGCGUCAAGGAACAAAUUGAACCAGGCUCCAACCACGUCUGGCAAGCAGUCGAACAAUGCUCAUCUUUCCAACAACGUCGAUGACCGAAAGCCACAGACACCCAGCUUGUCCUCUAAACCCACGACCUCAUCUCCAAAUACCGAAGUUGCUACGCAAGAACCCAUUGUUCCAUCGCAGUCCAAGUCAACUGCAAGCCACAAUGCCAGGCCUCAGAGCUCCGUGGGGCUGUCCAGAAAGGGAGUAGUCACCCAUAGGAAAGUGCAGACAUACCGUACUUCUCAUGCAAUGAAUAUGAGCUCACCUGGUCCCAAUGUCUCGGAUGUAGCUCAGAAGGAUGCGUCACGUUCAGUGCAAGAGGCUACAACAAGAUCGGAUUCACUCACGGGGACAGCAAGUGCCCAAGAUUUGGUAUCCAAAGAGAGUUCAAAGGCAACAGCAGCUCAGUGCGAGCAUAUACAUGGACCACCGACGGCGCCUGUUGUUCCUUCCCGCAGCAUGGCGUCAGCUGCCACUGAAGCAAUGCAUAUUUGCCACGAACGAUCUACUAAUCAUGCGCUUGAUGCACCCGGACAACGCUCAGCAUAUGUUCAGGUUUGUGCACGAACAGAGAUACCGGUAGCGGUGAUGGUCUGUCCAGAACGACAACUUGAUGCACAGCCCUAUGCAACAGGUGGAGCGAGCGAGGUGCGAUCAGCGGUGACUGAAGGGUUGAAUAUUCAAAGUGAUCAAACUGCGACUCUACCUGACGUCUCCGAACGCCUCCAGCCCUUGACUGGCGAGUUCGAUAUUCAUGCCAAUACUCUUCCAGCAACGAUGAUCCCUUUGGCACCCGCUGGCGUUACAGAAGGUACGGCGUCAGAUGUACCUGAGCCAAUGGAUCUCAACAUCGACUGUCCAGAUUUUCCUGUGCCCGAGGAACUUGCUCAGGUUUCUCCAUCUGAACCUGCAAAUGACGUUGCUUUGGAGCAGCGAUCGACAGAAUCAUCUGAACUCGUCGAGACAGCACCGUCAAAGUCUGUCAACAGUGUACAUGAAGAUUCUACUCCAUCUGCACCAUCCCCUCUGAGAGUCUCACAGUUUGUGCCUACACCUCCAAAACCAUUGACUCCAUUUUCAUCAGAGGAGUUUUCUCAGCUCAAAACCACCACAGGAGCUUCAUCCCCGCAAAUAUUCCCAACCUCGAACACCUGCACAGACCCAAAAGCUACACUAACUGUUCUCCCCAUCUCAACAGCUUCGACUCAGCCUUCUAACUUGACACAUUCAACCGAGAUCAAGCUUCCAUCUCCAACCAUCUCGCCCACUGCGGAGCCAUACUUCGAAUACACGAUCCACCAGACGAUUUCAUUCUCAUCAUCCAGCAACUUCACAACCGAGAUCUCAGCUCACCCGCUCACAUCCCUGGACAACGCGAACGCGCAGACAAAUAGACUCUUCCGGGACGCGAGACAGCAGCAUGAAAUCCUUGGUAUGCAGUGCAAGUCAACGACGACUCAGAUCGAUAAAUACGGGCUGGCAGCGUGCGAGGGUACAUUCGAAGGGACCGAAGACCCCAGCAAGUCCCUAACAUUGAAGCUUUGGGUCGAACGUGCUGAAGUGGGAGUGCACGAAAACCUCACUCCUUCAGCCAUCUCCACGUCGCCUUUUAUCAGUCGAACUGUGUAUGCGCUCAGGCUGUGGAAGCUCAUCAACGCCGGAUCAAGCGAGGAAUCCGAGUCUGAGUCCGAGGCUGAAGACAAAGACGAAGACGAUGACGCCGAUAUCGAAAAAAUAGGCAAGGAGCAAAUACGUAUCUACCAUCCUCUGCCGAAUGUAUGUACUGAAGUGUAUACGUCAUUGGAUGCAGCCAAUAGAGCGGCGAAGCGCGUGCAGAUCAAGUUGAGUCAUGAGAAGGAACCAAGAGCGAUGCAGAAGCAAUGGCAGACACAUAACCUGCACGAGUUGAACGGCAAAAUUGAGAAACUGAGAAAGGAACUGAAUGGAGAAGGAGGUGAUGAUGAGAAUGGGUCUCCUUCGCUGUUUGAGUACGAAGAAGGGAGGAGGAAGGGGUGCUGGAGGAGCAUGUUCAAUGGGAGCGGACUUGGGGCUGAUAGGUUUGAGCUGCUUGUCUUGAGGGUUGCGCUGAGUGGGCCGCGGAAUUUGUAG